ACAACAAAUCAUCAAAAUGAACAGAAACAUUACAUCGGGGUUCGAUAUGGCUGCGGAGAUUGCCCACAUUGCAAUCGAAGAAUUCAAAUCACAUUAUGUGACAAAGAACUUCACAGGACUAAUACAAAGAUAUUACUACUUGGUGGAGGAGGAUUAUGGCGAUCCCAGAUCAAAUCGUUUCCCAAUGAUGUCUAACCCGCUAUACACAUUCGGCUUGGUGGGCAUUUAUUUGUCCUGGGUGCUGGUGAUAGGUCCGUAUUUCAUGCGUGAUCGUAAACCGUUCCAGCUCAAACGAACCAUGGUCAUUUAUAAUGCAUGCCAAGUCGCUAUCAGUGCAUAUAUGUUUUAUGAGCAUCUAGUAGCAGGAUGGCUAAACUACAACCUUAAAUGUCAGCCAGUGGACUACUCAGAUAGUCCAAUGUCAAAACGGAUGCUGAAUCUUUGCUAUGUUUACUACCUAUCAAAGUUGACUGAAUUCGCCGACACUGUGUUCUUCGUGCUUCGCAAAAAAUCAUCACAAAUCACCUGGCUGCAUGUGUACCAUCACUCCGUAACCCCUCUCGAAACAUGGGUCUUAGUUAAGUUCGUCGCAGGUGGUAAUGCCACAUUCCCCAAUCUCCUGAACAACUUUGUCCAUAUUUGCAUGUAUUUCUACUACAUGAUGUCCGCAAUGGGACCCAACUACGCCAAGUAUCUCUGGUGGAAAAAGUACAUGACAGAAUUGCAAAUCGCCCAAUUCAUCCUCUGCAUCAUUCACACCAUUCGCGCUCUCUUCAGCCAACAGUGCCAAUUCUCGAAAUUCAUAUCCAGUCUGUUGUUGCUUAACUCCACGAUAUUCUUCUGUCUCUUCAUGAACUUCUACAUUCAGGCCUACAAGAAGGGCAAAUCUUCCAAGGCAGCUGCAGCUGCUAAGCAGGCAACGACAUGCGCAAACGAAUUCAUUCAGAAGCCAAAAGCGUUGGAGCUGAACAACAACCACAACAGCCAGGAUAUACUACCAUCGCUAAGUCAAAAGAAGGUGAACUAA